CAGGAUGGGCGUUGCGGGACGGCCGGCUCCGGGCAGGAGGGAGGUCCUGCUUCUCGAGCCGGGUCUGGGCGCCCGCGGCCAGGCUGAGUGGCACGCCCGGGACAGUCACUUCUCGUGUGCACGUUACUUCCCGAUGAGAUGCUCCUGGAGAUACAGAUGUGCCGGAGAAGAGAACUGGGUGGACAGCCGGACCGUCUACGUGGGGCACAAGGAGCCCCCCCCAGGUGCUGAGGCCUACAUCCCGCAGAGACACCCCGAUAACAGAAUCGUCUCCUCCAAGUACACGUUUUGGAACUUCAUACCCAAGAACUUGUUUGAACAGUUCAGAAGAAUAGCCAACUUCUACUUUCUCAUCAUAUUUCUGGUACAGCUGAUCAUCGACACGCCCACGAGCCCCGUGACCAGCGGGCUCCCCCUCUUCUUUGUCAUCACGGUCACGGCCAUCAAGCAGGGCUAUGAGGACUGGCUUCGCCAUAAGGCAGACAACGCCAUGAACCAGUGCCCGGUGCAUUUCAUCCAGCAUGGCAAGCUGGUGCGGAAGCAGAGCCGGAAGCUGAGGGUUGGGGACAUCGUCAUGGUCAAGGAGGACGAGACCUUCCCCUGUGACUUGAUCUUCCUGUCCAGCAGCCGCGGCGACGGGACCUGCCACGUGACCACCGCCAGCUUAGACGGAGAGUCCAGCCACAAGACUCACUACGCUGUGCAGGACACGAAGGGCUUUCAUACUGAGGAAGACAUCGACGGCUUGCACGCCACGAUCGAGUGUGAGCAGCCCCAGCCCGACCUGUACAAGUUCGUCGGCCGCAUCAACGUCUACAGCGACCGGAGCGACCCCGUGGUGAGGCCCCUGGGCUCGGAGAACCUGCUUCUCAGGGGAGCCACGCUGAAGAACACAGAGAAGGUCUUCGGUGUUGCCAUUUACACGGGCAUGGAAACCAAGAUGGCCCUGAACUACCAGUCGAAAUCCCAGAAACGAUCUGCUGUAGAGAAAUCCAUGAACGUGUUCCUCAUCGUCUACCUCUGCAUUCUGAUCAGCAAAGCGCUGAUCAACACCGUCCUCAAGUACGUGUGGCAGAGCGAGCCGUUCCGAGACGAGCCGUGGUAUAACCAGAAAACCGAGUCGGAAAGACAGAGGAACCUGCUCCUCAGGGCGCUCACCGACUUCCUGGCCUUCAUGGUCCUCUUCAACUACAUCAUCCCCGUGUCCAUGUACGUCACGGUGGAGAUGCAGAAGUUCCUGGGCUCCUACUUCAUCACCUGGGACGAGGAGAUGUUUGACGAGGACACGGGGGAAGGGCCUCUGGUCAACACGUCGGAUUUAAAUGAAGAAUUAGGACAGGUCGAGUAUAUCUUCACGGACAAAACCGGCACGCUCACGGAGAACAACAUGGAGUUCAAGGAGUGCUGCAUCGAGGGCCACGUGUACGUGCCACACGCCGUCUGCAAUGGGCAGGUGCUCCCCGGGGCCGCCGGCAUCGACAUGAUCGACUCCUCGCCGGGCGCCGGCGCCAGGGAGCGAGAGGAGCUGUUCUUCCGGGCCCUGUGCCUGUGCCACACCAUCCAGGUGAAGGAUGACGACGACGUGGACGGGCCUCGGAAGUCGCCAGACGGGGGGAAGUCCUGUGUGUACAUCUCGUCUUCUCCCGACGAGGUGGCCCUCGUGGAGGGCGUCCAGAGGCUGGGCUUCACGUACCUGCGCCUGAAGGACGGCUACAUGGAGAUCUUGAACAGGGAGAACGGCGUGGAGAGGUUUGAACUGCUGGAAAUUUUGAGUUUUGACUCAGUAAGAAGGAGAAUGAGCGUGAUUGUGAAAUCCGUCACAGGAGAAAUCUAUCUCUUCUGCAAGGGAGCUGAUUCGUCCAUAUUUCCCCGGGUGAUAGAAGGCAAAGUCGACCAGAUCCGGGCCAGAGUGGAACGCAACGCAGUGGAGGGACUUCGGACCUUGUGUGUGGCCUACAAAAGGCUCGCUCCGGAAGAGUAUGACGGCAUUUGCACCCUGCUGCAGGCCGCCAAGGUGGCUCUCCAGGACCGGGAGAAGAAGUUAGCGGAGGCCUAUGAGCAAAUAGAGAAGGACCUCAUCCUGCUCGGGGCCACGGCUGUGGAGGACAGGCUCCAGGAGAAGGCUGCCGACACCAUCGAAGCCUUGCAGAAAGCUGGGAUCAAAGUGUGGGUCCUCACCGGGGACAAGAUGGAGACGGCGGCCGCCACCUGCUACGCCUGCAGGCUGUUCCGGAGGGGCACGCAGCUGCUGGAGCUCACCACCAAGCGGCUGGAGGAGCAGAGCCUGCACGACGUGCUGUUCGAGCUGAGCAAGACCGUGCUGCGCCACAGCGGGAGCCUCACCAGGGACAACUUCUCGGGGCUCUCGGCCGACCUGCAGGACUUCGGGCUGAUCAUCGACGGAGCCGCGCUGUCCCUGGUCAUGAAGCCCCGCGAGGACGGCAGCGGCGGCAACUACCGGGAGCUCUUCCUGGAGAUCUGCCGCAACUGUAGCGCCGUGCUGUGCUGCCGGAUGGCGCCCCUGCAGAAGGCCCAGAUUGUUAAAUUAAUCAAACUCUCCAAAGAGCACCCCAUUACUUUAGCCAUCGGCGACGGCGCCAAUGACGUUAGCAUGAUCCUGGAGGCACACGUGGGCAUCGGUGUCAUCGGGAAGGAGGGUCGCCAGGCCGCCCGGAACAGCGACUACGCGGUCCCGAAAUUCAAGCACCUGAAGAAGAUGCUGCUGGUUCACGGGCAUUUCUACUACAUCAGGAUAUCCGAGCUCGUGCAGUACUUCUUCUACAAGAACGUCUGCUUCAUCUUCCCUCAGUUUUUGUACCAGUUCUUCUGCGGGUUCUCACAGCAGACUUUGUACGACACCGCCUACCUGACCCUGUACAACAUCAGCUUUACGUCCCUCCCGAUCCUCCUGUACAGCCUGAUGGAGCAACACGUCAGCAUCGACGCGCUCCGCAGAGAGCCCUCCCUCUACAGAGAUAUCGCCAAGAACGCCCUCCUCCGCUGGCGCGUGUUCAUCUACUGGACGCUCCUGGGCGUGUUUGAUGCUCUGGUGUUCUUCUUCGGUGCUUACUUCAUGUUUGAGAACACAACAGUGACCAGCAACGGACAGAUCUUUGGAAACUGGACCUUUGGGACGCUGGUGUUCACCGUGAUGGUCUUUACAGUCACACUAAAGCUGGCGCUGGACACGCACUACUGGACUUGGAUCAACCACUUCGUCAUCUGGGGGUCCCUGCUCUUCUACGUCGUCUUCUCCCUGCUCUGGGGAGGGAUCAUCUGGCCCUUCCUCAGUUACCAGAGGAUGUACUAUGUGUUCAUCCAGAUGUUGUCCAGCGGCCCCGCCUGGCUGGUCAUCAUCCUGCUCGUCACCGUCAGCCUCCUCCCCGACGUCCUCAAGAAGGUGCUGUGCCGGCAGCUGUGGCCCAGCGCCACGGAGAGAAUCCAGAGCACACGUGUGUGCGGCCAGGACCGCCUCCCCGAGCUCACCCUCCUGGCCUCUCCUCAGAGCCCCAGCCCCUGGGCCGCGUGGCCGGGCCCGCACACAGAACCGGGGACGCCGACGUGGCCUCCUCUCGCCGGUCUCCUGCAUGGCCACCGCCCUCCCGGUCCCGCUCCCCACGGGCGGACCGCUGAUGGACAGGCCUCCGCUCCGAGGCUCUGAGAGCCGCACGUGUGUGCUUCUCCCUGCCCCCGAAGGAGGGAUGAGAACAGCAGGACUGGGCUGGGGCGCGGCUGGCCGGCGUCACCUCCUGGGGGCUGGUGGCCCCUGCAGCUUCCCUCGGGCAUCUGGUUGGGCUGUGAAGGACAGCGCGCAUGGCCCUCUGCGGCCCGGCCAGUCCCACAGGCUGCCGGAGGAGGACCCCCGGGGAAGGUGGGCCGUGGGCGGAGUGGGGGCCGGCCACACCGACCGGCCCGAGCGCAGGGGCCUCGUCCUCACCACGGGACGGGCUGGCCAUGCCCCCGUGCAUCCUUGUCCAGAGCCCUCCAGUCCUCGUGCUUCUGGAACUGGCCGAACCAGACUGUGGGGUCACUGUGCUCCCACGGCCUGUCGGAGUCCUAGACUGUGUCCUGCUUCUGUCCGAACCCGCCUCCUGGCGAAGCUGCUUUUCAGGGUCGUGUCCGACGCGGAGUUUGUUCCUCCGAGGGAGCCUAGUGUCCCCUGUGUGAAUCUGUUUCCCCUCCCGGCUGCCCCUGCGAGAAAGAAGUACCGUGUGAGAAGAACAGAUGAUGCGGUCCUCUCCAGCGCCCAGUGCCGGGACGGGACAGUCGUGCCCACAGCCCCUCAGGGCCUCCCUGCGUGCUCGCGUCCACACGGCUCUCUCACCGGUUCCAGGGCAUGCUGGUGGGGGCCCGGGGCAGAGCCCUUUGGUGUCUUCCUCGAGAGGAGGCCUGCAGGGGCCAUGUCCGUCUUCCGAAGUCUAUUUCAGGCCCACGCGGGUCUGACGGUGAGGCGGCCUCCAAGUCCUGAAGAGCGGGCCUGCCGCCCCGGACCACCGCCCACGGCCGAGACUGGGCCCCGGGCCCCUGUGUGUUGUGCUGGAUCCGCCGCGCUGCUGUCUGCCGGCUGGCGCGUCUCCGGGGUGGGCGGACCCGGAGGAGGCCGCUGCGUGGACCGCCCUCAUCCCUUCUCCGUAUCGCCAUUUGUUUCUAGAAAUAACCUCCUCGACGUAGCCUUAAUGGUCUGCAAAGAAGACAUUUCAAUCUGAGAUUCAGAGUGUGGAUGUGGGAACGGGCAUUCUGGAGAAGAGCUUUGCCCAGAGCUCAGCAGGCCCCUGCCUGCUGCCGGGAGCCAGGCUGUGGCCCCGGGGACGCUGGCGAGUGGACACGGGUCAGCUGCAUGCCAGGCACUGUGGGAAGUCCCGGUGUCACUGCUUGAUUGUACGACAUCUCGUCUAUAAAAUACUCGUUUGGACGGGGGCGAGCAGACUGUGCACGGAGCAGUUGGGGUAAGUUCAGGGGAAGUGGAAACAGCAAACCAAAGACCAGGAGAACGGACGGGGAGUGCGCCGGGAUGUCCGUCCCGCUGCCCUCCGUCCUGCCGUCCGCCGCCCUCUGUCCCGCGCGCCGCCGCCCGUGUGUUGGGGGGCGUCCUGGCCGGCGUCCGCGCCAGACCCUGCAAACAACGGUGUGUGCGUUUUUACAGCUGUUUUUAAGAACCCAAUGUGGGUAUCAACGUCAUACCUGUGGGGACAGAUUCUCUGUAUGUUUAGUUAACAAAUUCUUUGUAAUGUAUUUUUUUAGAAAUCUUAAAAUGGCCUUUGCACAGGACUAUUUUCAUAGCUGUUUCUAUCUCUUUAUUCAUUUCUUUGUUAACAUGCCACAUCUAAUUUUUAAAAUAUGUUUUUAAAGCUUCUAAUUUUUAAGUUGAUGAACUUUUGGCCACUUUGCAUUUAAAUUCUGGUGGGAGUCUGGGGUGUGUCCGUGUCCACGGGGUGCGAAGUCGCUGUGUCCCCGGCGGUGGUGACAGGCUGAGGCCUAUCUAGAGCACAGCACUUUGCUUCCCGAUUCUUCGCUGUUGAUUGUGAUUUUCACCUGCGUUUUGUUUUGUGUUUGGUUUGCAUCCUUCGGCCUUAAAAUAGAAGCUUCUCGAGGGAUGGUUUGGUGUUCUCUUUCCGCCCGUACCAAGAUGGUCACCAUUUGCCUCUGAUAGCACAUGUCUCGUUGGGAGAGUCACUAACCCCUUACGUGCGUCGAAUGUCUUCUCUGAGAUCUUUGGGGAAGUCCUCCACGCCUGUCCCGCACGGUGGACACGGGGCUGUAGGGAGGGCGGCGAGUCCCCGGGGCAAGUGUGCGCGUGGGACCCCGUACGACCUCUUGCCUACACUAGUUCCUGUUCACUUGCCUUAAACCGACCUGAAAGCAAGUCCUGUCAGCGUCAAGCACUCCUCUUCGUCCCAAAGACCUCGUUCAGGACGGCACCUGUGCACGGGUCACCACCACGAGCUCUCACGCCGGCCCCAACAUCUGGUUCCGAAGCCACACACCACGCCCCUCAGAGCGGGUCACACUAACGCACAGGUGGUCCCGACCACGUCCCCGUCUCCUGCCUUCAGCUCCGUGUCCACUCGGGGCCACACGGUACGCACACAUACAUGCCCCCUGGGCCCUGGCCCUCCUGCCCGCUUCCUGAGGGGACCCUGCCGGGAGCUCUGGGAACACAGGGCUCCCUGGACUUGGAGCCCUGCAGCCCGGCAGGGGGCGGAGAAGGAUGGACACGCUGCCGGGCCCCCUCCCCGGGUCGGCCCCUGGGUGAUCCACCCCGCGUGGCUCUACCCUCGGCACAGGCGGCAGAGGGCAGCGUCUGGACCCUUCGAGCCUCCAAGAGCCCCGGCCGGUCCUCUGCCACGGGCGGCGGCGGAAACGGCGUCCUCUCGGCCACUCGGUGCGGAGCCAGGCCGACCGCUCCCGUGCGUCGGACCCCGGGCGUGAGCGGAGGCUAGACCAGGCCCUGCGGUGCCGCGCGCCCAGCUUCUGCGGGGACGGGCUGCAGAACUGUCGCUUGGCCUGGUGAGAUUUUGCAGCUUUAAGUACAAAAACGUCUCCUCCGAGCUGUUCUGGCCGGUCUCCAGUCUUGGCACAUCGGCCAGAUGCACAGCGCGGCCUGGAGGGGGCUUUCCGGCCCUUUCCGCUGAAACCACUGAGUUCGCCGUGUCGCACGUCUGGAGGGACCCAGCGUGGCCCUCCUUUCCUUUGAGAGUCGCACUGCUUAUUAACAGCCCGCGUCACGUCUCCACGUCUACGUUUCUUCUGCACGCUUCCCAGUUAGAAACAGGAAAAUGUCAGCUGGCAAAUGCGUUUUUUUAAGUUGGGGGGAGGUGAAUGGGAAAGAGAAUCAUUCUGAAUAUCGCCCAUAAACAAAGCUUUAAUGAAGGUGUGUCAGAAGUAUUAUCAAAGUGUGAUUCUACUUUUGCAGAAAAAAAUCUAAAGAUAAGUUUAUAUAGCUUUAUUUUUUACCUUAUCAAAAUAUACAGAAUUUUAAUAUGCAUAUAUUAUUGUCUCUGACUUAAAGCUAUGAUGUGUGUCUGCAUUGCCAUUUAAAAUGCCCAUUCAUCCUGCAACGUAACAGAAGAGAAUCUUCCAAGCGUAUUUAACACGAGCGGUAUCCGUAGUUGUCAUCGUCAUAAAUACUGGGAUUUAUUUUUAAAUUAUUGAACAUAGUAGGUAGUCAUGUUUGAUUGAUAAUGAUUCAUUAACCUGCUUUGAAAAAUUAAAUUGUGAUUAAACCAAAUCUUACACUUGGGCAAAGUUCAUUUUGUAUGCUACUGAUUUUAACUUUUAUUUCUGUAAAGUGUAACUUGAUUAUAUUGCAUUUUUCUGCAGACUAUUUAAGCAGGAGACUUGAAUCUGCUUGCAAUAAAGAAGAAAAAAAAUUCUGGCUUGGUUUCUUUAUGAAUUAAAAAAAAAAAUCAGUUGGUCUUAAAUCUCA